GUUGUAACGAUGCGAUCCCGAGUCUGCCUUGUUAACUUGUCUGUAAGUUGUAACAGCAUAGCAGCACAGGUAGCACAGCAAGCAGUGUAUAAGCUCGUAAAGCUGUACGAAAUAGCUGCUUUAUAGUUUCGAUGGGUUAGAGCAUUCGACAUAUAAGAAAGCGAUAGCUAAAUUCUGAAAGUACGAGUCAAUGCAGAAAGUUGCACCUCUAAAUCGCUGUCUUAUUCCAUCUUUAAAUUCGACUCACCAAAUAUCCCAUAUACCCCCUAAUCCCCCUUUCCAACCCCUUCCCAAACAAAACAGACCACCAUGGCCAGCGUCGAGGGACUCCGCGUCAUCGUAGCCGGCGCAGCAACAGGCGUCGGCGCCGGCACCGCAAAGCUCCUCGCCGCGCGCGGUGCCAAGGUUGUCGUCGCCGACAUCAACAUCUCCGCCGCGAAGCAGGUCGGCGAGGAAAUUACCGCCGCAGGCGGCAGCGCCCUCGUCAUCGAGUUUGACCUGUCCGAUGAAGAAUCCAUCAAGAACCUGAUUGCGCAGGGCACCGAGUGGCUCGGCGGCGGGCUCGACAGCCUGCUCAACAUUGGCGCCGACCUGAGCCCGCAGAACCUGGGGCAGGACAAGUCGGUGCUCGAUAUGGAUGCCGCCGUGUGGCAGCGCACGUUUUUGGUGAAUACUACGGGGUAUGCUUUGACGACCAAGUAUGCGCUGCCGCAUUUGAAGGCGGCGGGGGGCGGGACGAUUAUCAAUAUUUCUAGUAUGGGCGGUCACUACAUGGGCACACCGGAACCUAUCCGCGUAGCCUACGCAGCCUCCAAGGCCGCCGUGCACGCCCUCACCCGGCACACGGCAGCGACUUACGGCCCGGACAACGUCCGCUGCAACACCGUCGCUCUCGGCCCCAUCCUGACGGCGGCCCUCGAGAGGGGCAUCGCCGCCAGCCCGGCCAUGCAGGAGGGACUCAAGAGGGUCCCGCUCCGGAGACUGGGCAAGCUGGAGGAGGUUGGCGCGCUGUUGGCCUUUAUGAUUUCGCCCGACGCGGCGUACAUUACGGGUGAUAUUUGGUCUAUUAACGGUGGAACCCACGUCAUGACGUAUUAG